GUUAGUCCCAAGCCGUUAGUACAUCUUUAUACGGUCUGUGUGAUACUUUUCACUCUUGAGAAUUAUCUGGAAAUGCUCUGAAACAGCGGCAAUAGUUGUCUCAGUUUGGUUUGUAGUUUUACUCGAGGAAGAACACGGAAUUAGCUGUGAAACUUAAAUUUUAAAGCGGAAACGAUGACUGCAGGAGACGCACGGCUACGUUCAAGUUCCACCUUCAAAGACGUUGAAGAUCAAACAGGGAGAUCAAGGAGUGAAGACGUGUGAGGAGGUUGAACUGUGCCAGCCCUCCACAAGAGGGCACAGAUGAUGUUGCUGAAGGAGCCUAAAUGGUCGAGGUUAGAGAGUGUCAUCACAUCGGAGAGAGGAUUAGAGGAGAGAGGUUGUCUUCCAGGAGCUGUGUGGUCCCCCCUACUCUUCAACCCCAAAUCCCUGCACCAAGACACAAACCCCUCUAUGAGCGCGGGGAGACCCGGUGAAGAAACGCAAGAAGAAAACUCAGAGAGGAAUCCUAGCCUUGCCUCUCACUCGGCCGGCACUCUGCUCUCCUGCCUUUCAGUUGACCACAGCUACAAGAGCUGCACGGGUGUGAGUGAGUGGCCUGGCUGGAUUUCUUCUCCCUCCUUUCACCCCUCUAUUAAUCCUCUCAUCUACCCAUCCCGUCUCUUGUCGUCUCGGGCACCAUGCUGAUGCAGUGGCUGGCUUGGUUGGCCCUGCUGUCUUUGGACUGGGCUCCAGGCAGCUGGGCCUUCACCACCACGAGGGCUCAGGGGCUGAGGGGUCGCAUCCAGAGAGACCGCAGAAACAUCCGGCCCAACAUUAUCCUCAUCAUGACUGACGAUCAGGAUGUUGAGUUGGGUUCUUUACAGGUAAUGAAUAAAACCCGUAAGCUCAUGGAAGACGGAGGAACAACUUUUACCAAUGCCUUUGUCACGACACCCAUGUGCUGCCCUUCGCGGUCCUCCAUGUUGACGGGCAAGUACGUCCACAACCACAACACCUACACCAACAAUGAGAACUGCUCCUCCCCUUCCUGGCAAGCUCAGCAUGAGCCACGCUCAUUCGCCGUCUACCUCAACAACACCGGCUACAGGACAGGCUUCUUCGGCAAGUACCUUAAUGAGUACAAUGGCACCUACAUCCCACCUGGGUGGCGUGAAUGGGUUGGAUUGAUCAAAAAUUCCCGCUUCUAUAAUUACACCGUCUGUCGGAAUGGUUACAAGGAGAAACACGGUGCAGAUUAUGCAAAGGACUAUUUCACAGAUCUGAUCACCAAUGACAGCAUCAACUUUUUCCGCAUGUCCAAGCGUGUAUACCCUCACCGCCCUGUAAUGAUGGUCAUCAGUCACGCCGCUCCUCAUGGCCCCGAAGACUCAGCUCCACAGUACGCUGAGCAUUUCCCAAAUGCUUCGCAGCACAUCACCCCCAGCUACAACUAUGCCCCAAAUAUGGACAAACACUGGAUCAUGCAGUACACAGGCCCCAUGAGACCCAUCCACAUGGAGUUCACCAAUUUCCUCCAUCGGAAGAGGCUGCAAACACUCAUGUCUGUGGAUGAUUCAGUGCAGAAGGUGUUUGAGAUGCUAGAGGAAACUGGUGAGCUGGACAACACUUACGUCAUCUAUACAGCAGACCACGGCUACCACAUUGGUCAGUUUGGGUUAGUCAAGGGCAAGUCAAUGCCUUACGACUUUGACAUCCGUGUGCCGUUCUUCCUGAGAGGACCCAACGUAGAGCCUGGGGCAGUAAACCCGCAUCUGGUACUGAACAUUGACCUAGCUCCCACGAUUCUCCACAUUGCUGGGUUGGAUACCCCUCCAGACAUGGAUGGAAAGUCCAUCCUUAAGCUGCUGGAACAGGAAAGGACUGGCAAUAGAUUCAAACCCAACCGGAAACCCAAAGUCUGGAGGGACACAUUCCUGGUGGAGCGAGGAAAGAUCCUGAGGAAGAAGGAAGACUCAGUGAACACUCAGCACACCAACAGCCUUCCCAAGUACAAGAAGGUCAAAGAGACUUGCCAGCAGGCGGAAUUCCAGACACCCUGCGAACAGCCUGGACAGAAAUGGCAUUGUGUGGAGGAGAUCACAGGGAAGUGGAGGAUACAGAAGUGUAAAGGUGGUUCCAAAGAAGGCUCCAGGAAGAGGGCCCGCAGCCUGAAGCCUCGCAGCAGUUAUGACCACAGAGAGAGGGGCUGCGACUGUGGGGACACUCUCCUCAAACCCUCCAGAAUGGACCGCCGUGCCCAACGACAGUUAUCUGGCUCUACAGGCCAGCGUUAUCAGCCACGUUUUGUCCACACCCGGCAGACCAGGUCUCUGUCUGUGGAGUUUGAGGGUCAGAUAUAUGACAUUGACCUCCAAGCAGACGAUCAGUCAGCUGUCCGCCGCCGCGUCAUCUCCAAGCGUCACUACAGCCCAGACGACCCAGACUUUAAUUUGGGGUCAGAUGAUGGUUCAGAGGAAAUGCUGGCGGAUGACACCAAUGCUGUGGGAUACCCAAACUCUGUGAAAGUUACCCACAAGUGUUAUAUCUUGGUGAAUGACAGUGUUCAUUGUGAAAGAGAAAUCUAUCAGUCCUCCAGAGCCUGGAAAGACCAUAAGAGCUAUGUGGACCAUGAGAUUGAAGCACUUCAAGACAAAAUCAAAAACCUCCGGGAAGUACGAGGCCACCUAAAGAGGACAAGACCGGACGAGUGCGACUGUGGAAAGAAGAGCUAUUUUAACAAAGGAGACAGAAACAAGGCAGAGAGAUUGAAGAACAGGAAUGAUCACCUCCAUCCGUUUAAGGAGGCAGCGCAGGAAAUUGACGGGAAGGCACAGUUGUACAACGAGAUCCGGAGAAGGAAGAAGGAAAGGAAGGAGAAGAAGAGGCAGAGGAAGGGAGACGACUGCAGCCUGCCCGGCCUCACUUGUUUCACACAUAACAAUGACCACUGGCAGACUGCUCCCCUCUGGACAUUGGGUGGAUUCUGCGCAUGCACCAGCUCCAACAACAACACCUACUGGUGCCUGAGAACCAUCAACGAAAGCCACAACACGCUCUUCUGCGAGUUCUCCACCGGCUUCCUGGAGUACUUUGACCUCAACAGUGACCCCUACCAGCUCACCAACGCAGUGUACACAGUGGAUCGGGAUGUACUGAACUCUCUCCAUGCCCAGCUGAUGGAGAUGAGGAGUUGUCAAGGUUACAAGCAGUGUAACCCUCGCCCAAAAGGCUUGGACACAGCACACAGCCACUAUGGGACGGACGACAGGGUUAAGCUGCCCAACUUGACAGACGAGGAGGUGAACUGGCAGGGACUGGAGGAUCUGUAUAGCAUUAACGAAAGCCUUUAUGAAUGUAGGCCUGACUACAGCCCCAGCCCAGACAACUGGGCCAACUUCCGGAAGGAUGUAGAUAAUAUGUUUGCACUGCGACACGUUUUUAACAAAUUCAACCGAACCCUUGACGACUCCACCCUGCCAGAGCUGGGCUCCGGGGCCGGGGGUGGAGGCUUUGAAGAAGGCAGCGGAGAAGAGUCGGCCUCAGCCAGCAAUGUCUGGCCGGGCCUGGCCGCAGAGGCUCGCCUCACCACCCCCGCCCCCAGCAAAACUCCAUCAGCACCACCCACACCCAGGACCACACUGGAAGGCCAACUGGAAUCUGUUGUCAAUGACCUUUCUGAGAGGCUUCUGAGCAGACACGGGAUGCCUGUGAUGUCAGCAUCACCGGUGCCAGCGUUACCAUCGGGUCCAAGGAGAGACAGGGUUAUCUUCCAGAGCGACACGUGGGUGCAGCAGCUGGAGGAGAUAGAAGGAGAGACUUUCAGUGGGAACGGGAUGACGGAGCUGGAGACGCAACACGACAACCUGCUGCGCACUCACAACAGCCUGCAGGCCCAGCUGGAGCCUGGCCUGGGCCAGGGAGAGGCAGCCAACCCUCAGCGGCUUGGCCUGGACCUCGAAGACGAGGAGGACAUUUUCCAGGCUCAAGGCUACCUCCCUUAUUACCCGCAGACGUUGAGGCCCAAGGUGCAGACCAGCACCACCGGGAGCCCCCCCACCACACAGACUAGCACCCCACAGAGUGUCGGGGUGGUGCUGCAGGUGCUGCCUCAGUCAGCGCUGCCCCUCACCUUGGACUACGAGGGCAGCGGCUCUCUGCCUCAACCCUCCAAUCAGACCCUCUGAGGCAGACGCAUGUGCUGGCCAGCCAGCCGACGAGCUGCUGGUCGCCAUAGAGACACAGAGACACAGUGAUUGGGAGAUGAGCUUGCCAAGAGCGAUGGCAAGUGAUGCCACCUCAGUCAGUCAGAGUUGUAUAAUGAGUAUUAAAAUUAUUUUUUAUUUUUUUACAGGUGCCUACAUUUAUUAGUAAACAGUGUUAUGUUGGGUUUUUUUUCAAAUAUAUAUUUAGAAAAGAAAAAGCCUUAAUGCAGCUAAACUUAAGUGUUGGGAUUAAAGAUGAUUAAUUCCAUAUGGAUAACACCAUUGAUGUUUUUAAUAUAUGUUUUUAUGAAAAACAAGUGUGAGUGGUGAAACCAUUUCAACAUCUGAAUACAUAGUUAGCAUGAGUCAGCUUUCGGUACGCUCCACAUCUAUUAAUCACAACGCUGCCCAGUCACAGGAAGCUUCGUCACCAUGGUACCCACUCACUGUAUAGAUAAAGGUUAAAUUUGACCCCAAAUGCACUUUUGAACUUUUCCACGUGAUGACCUUGUGUGUGGAUAUGAAAUUUGUGUCAAUUUGUGAAAUUAGAUUUUAUGAAAUGAUUAUUUCUACUGACUACUUUUAAAAACUGACAAGAGUUGGAGUGUCGCUUCUGAAAGAGUUACAGAAUCGACAUGAAUACACAACAUCUGUUUCUCAAAUCUUAUUUUUAAAGUUGCCAAAUGGAAAAUAUUUCUAGCAUUUGUUUUUACCUCCUUGCCAUAUGGCGUCAAUAGCAUCAGAGAGUUUAGACAAUCAUGAGACAGCCUGAGCUCACAGUUCACCCUCUGACUCUGACUCUGCGGAGAUUUAAAGGGACAGUUCACUCCAAAAUCAAAAACACAUAGUUUUCCUCUUACCUGUAGCUCUGUUUAUUAGUCUAGAUUGUUUUGGUGUGAGGUGUCAAGUGUCGGCGAUAUCGGCCGUUAUGUCUGCCUUGUCUUGAAUAUAAUGGAACUAGAUGGCACUCUGCUUGUGGUGCUCAAAGUGCCAAAAAAAUACAUUGGAAAAACUCAACAGCAAUGUCUCUUUAGAAAUCAUGACCUGGUUACUCAAGAUAAUCCACAGACCUUGUUGUGAGCAGUUUCAUGUAGGAACUAUUUUCUUUCUACUGAACUACACCAGCCAAUCACAUCACCACACAGAAGGAAGUGUGCAUCUACUCAUGGACGAAAGGCUCAUGUUCAUGAUAUCUAUGUGAACAUUAAUGGCGUCCUCCUCGGCUGAGCUGCAACCUUAGUUAGCUCAGUGGCGCUAGGUCGCAUACUUUUUCUUUAUACUUUUAGUAGGCACUGCAGCUGCCCUUAAAAAGAACGUACUGUUGCAUGCAGUGUGCACACGGUCGGGACAUACUACUUCCUCAUAACAUCACACCCUGAACUUUGACCCUCUGGCUUUUAUAUCCAUUACCUUGGAGAUAAAACAAAUGCCAUGGAUAUAGUAGAACAUCCUGGUAUUUUUGGCGUACUGCAUUUAACAUACUAAAUCUUUUCCUGGCACACUAAUGGUAGUAUUUGUAUUGGAACACACUCUUUAUUCUGAGCGGUGAUACGGUUGGUGGGUGUUGAAAGAAAGUAGUUCCUACAUGAAACCGCUCACAACAAGGUCUGUGUAUUAUCUUGAGUAACCAGGUCAUGAUUUCUGGAAAGAGACAUUGCUACAGCUGAUAUCUCCAACACAGCAACUUACACUAAAACAAUCUAGACUGAUAAACAGCUCUACAGGUAAGAGGGAAAUCUGUAUUUUUAAUUUUGGGGUGUACUGUCCCUUUAAGUUAACUAUCCUCACUAAUAAGCAAAUGCUUUCACAAUCAGCAGGAGAUAGAACAUGUUCAUUGUGUAACUUUUUUUGGAGCUGUCACCAUUCCUCAUGUGGUGUAUGAUGUAGUGCUUUGAUAAUCCUGAGUAUAGUGUUGCACAUGGCCAGUUCAUUUUGAAUGUAACUGUGUAGUCCCUUCAACACGCUCUGUUACAGCUUUAUCUACGACAGCACAGUCAGCGAAAUACUCUGCAGACGUUGCAUAAGCUAAGUAUUCCCGUGUUUAACCUUUAGAAAAUGGUUCUGCAAAAACUUGAUGCUGUCCUUUUCCUUCUCGACAGUGUGCGUACAAGUGUUAGAACAACUCUGGUUUCAGGAAAGCCAUGAAGCUGUUAAACAAAUAAACCCUUUCAACCUUC